AUGGUCAGGGAAGGCUCCCUGGAGGAGGUGAUACAUAAGCCGAGACCCAAAGGGCAAGGAGGAAUUAUCCUGGUGAAGGGUGGAGAAUGUGUCAGAGCGACGCUGCACGGUGGCAGAGGGGCCAGCGGAUCCAGGUGGCAGGUGGUGCUGGCCAGAGGUGGUGGCAAUGGGGAAGGAGAGAAAGGUGGCCUCCUAAGGCUGGUGGGAGGAGGCUGGAGGAAUGAGGACGCGCCGCGCCGCUCCCCUGCUGCGCUCAGGCUGACCGACCGGCGGGCGGAGCGGGGUCUCGGCUUGACUGCGCUCGGAGCGCGCGGGCUGGCCGCUGUCCGCGGUGCUGAAGAGGCGGCCGCGGCGGGGAGGCGGGCCCGGGGCCGCCGGCGCGGCAACGGAAAAGCGGCGGCGGCGGCGGCAGCUGCAAGAGCCCCCGCAGCCUCGGGGCCAGACCCACUUCCACACCCAGGAGCCCCUCCCUGGGAUGACUCUGGGGACGACGAGGACGGGACUGCCUCCCCAGCUGACAAGAGCGAGCUACACGACACCAUCAAGAAGCUCUCCCUGAAGCUGGACGACCUCAGCACGUGCAAUGAGCUCGUGGCCAAGCACGGCGUGGCACUGCAGCGCUCCCUGAGCGAGCUGGACGGCCUCAGGAUCCCCUGCGAGAGCGGCGAGAAGCUGAAGGCGGUCAACGAGCGGGCCACCCUCUUUCGCAUCACUUCAAAUGCUAUGAUCAACGCCUGCAGGGACUUCCUGGAACUAGCGGAGACGCACAGCCGGAAAUGGCAGCGGGCUCUGCAGUAUGAGCAGGAGCAGCGCGUCCGGCUGGAGGAGACCAUCGAGCAGCUGGCCAAGCAGCACAACAGCCUCGAGCGCGCUCUCCGCAGCGCCCCCGGCCGGGCCGCCAGCCCCACCAAGAGCUUCAGCGAGGGAAGCCUCUUAACCACCAAAGGCGAGGACAGUGAAGAAGAUGAAGAUACCGAGUACUUCGACGCCAUGGAAGACUCCACGUCCUUCAUCACAGUGAUCACUGAGCCCAAGGAGGACAGAAAAGCUGAGAGUGGGACUACAGGCUCCGUGGAAUGGACCUCAGACAAUGUGCUAGACAGCACCUCACUUGUGCCCCAGGGCCCCCCCAAAGUCAAGAGGCGUGUCCGCAUCCCCGACAAGCCCAACUACAGCCUUAAUCUUUGGAGCAUCAUGAAGAACUGCAUCGGCCGGGAGCUCUCCAAGAUCCCCAUGCCGGUCAACUUUAACGAGCCCCUGUCCAUGCUCCAGCGGCUGACGGAGGACCUGGAGUACCACCACCUGCUGGACAAGGCAGUGCACUGCACCAGCUCCGUGGAGCAGAUGUGCCUGGUGGCGGCCUUCUCCGUGUCCUCCUACUCCACCACCGUGCACCGCAUCGCCAAGCCCUUCAACCCCAUGCUGGGCGAGACCUUCGAGCUGGACCGUCUCGAUGACAUGGGCCUGCGCUCCCUCUGCGAGCAGGUGAGCCACCACCCGCCAUCGGCCGCACACUAUGUAUUCUCCAAACACGGCUGGAGCCUCUGGCAGGAGAUCACCAUCUCCAGCAAGUUCCGGGGGAAAUACCUCUCCAUCAUGCCGCUAGGUGCCAUCCACUUAGAAUUCCAGGCCAGCGGGAAUCACUAUGUGUGGAGGAAAAGCACCUCGACUGUGCAUAACAUCAUCGUGGGCAAGCUCUGGAUCGACCAGACAGGGGACGUCGAGAUUGUGAACCACAAGACAAAGGACCGGUGCCAGCUAAAGUUUUUACCCUACAGCUAUUUCUCCAAAGAGGUGGCCCGGAAGGUGACAGGAGUGGUGAGUGACAGCCAGGGCAAGGCCCACUACGUGCUGUCAGGCUCGUGGGAUGAACAGAUGGAGUGCGCCAAGAUCGUGCAAAGCAGCCCCAGCAGCCCCAGCUUGGACGGGAAGCAGAAAACGGUGUACCAGACGCUACCGGCCAAGCUGAUGUGGAAGAAGUACCCGCUGCCGGACAACGCAGAGAACAUGUACUACUUCUCGAAGCUGGCCCUGACCCUCAACGAGCACGAGGAGGGCGUGGCACCCACCGACAGCCGCUUGCGGCCCGACCAGCGGCUGAUGGAGAAGGGGCACUGGGAUGAGGCCAACACGGAGAAGCAGCGGCUGGAGGAGAAGCAGCGCGUGAAUCGGCGCCGGAGGCUGGAGGCCUGCUCGCGGGGCUGCGGUGCAGAGGAAGCAGAGAAGGAGGCCGAAGUGUACGUGCCGCUGUGGUUUGAGAAGAGGCUGGACCCGGUGACUGGGGAGAUGGCCUGCGUGUACAAGGGUGGCUACUGGGAGGCCAAGGAGAAGCAGGACUGGCACAUGUGCCCCAACAUCUUCUGAGCGCCACCCCCCUCCUGCAAAUACAGGCGGCUGCACAGCCUGGUCCACCUUCUAUUUAAUGCACUCAAUUUAGUACUCAACUGCCCUCCCCACCUUUUCCUUCUUCUGUUUUUUAAUAACACUUUUUUUGGGCUCCCACCUUGGAAGGAGGAAGUGCUGACCCAGGUUCUCUCCAGCCCCCAGGUGCCCCGGGUCUCCUAUGACCCUUCAUCAUGGACUUGAGCCCCAUCAGGACCCCCAGCUCCAGUUUCCACACCUCAGGCAGGCUGGCCCGGGCCCUGGGCUGCUCCAGUCACCAGCCCCCCAGGGAGGAACUGGCCCCCUCCCAGGGAGCCGCUUUUGACUUUUUUAGAAAAAAAAUGAUCUCCAUUUCUUUCCAGCCAAGAUAUUUAGUAAAUAUUUUUAGUACAGCACUUGGUGGACAACUUUCUAAGUGUGCUUUCUUGCCACAGAAGUGUCCUGGCAAGAGCCCCUUCUUUUUAAGACACUGGGAAGCCAGACGGACCCCUUUGAGUCGGGAGCAUUUUGUAGCUCAAACAGCAAGGCCGUCUGUAUGUGAGCUGCCCGCCCCCCAGGAGCUCAGGACCCCCCAGAGAAGGGAACCAAGGGCCACCGGGCCCAGGAGAGCACAAGUCAGUUGUCUCUGGAGCUAGAGCCCCACGCAUGGUGGGGAAGGGGGCACUGAGGGGCCGCCAUGUGGAUUUGAGGGCAACAGCCCCUGCCUAGCCCUGGCCAUGCUGGGGCUGCUCCCCAGCCCCACAGAGGCCGGGCCUGCGGCGCUCCUGCCACGGAACCCGGCCCCAAAUCAGCAAUAAGAACCAACCCUCGGCUCAGCCUGGGUUGGUAUCCUGGGCACCAGAGAACCCAGAGUCCCGUCUCUGGGGUGCCCCAUCUCAGCAUCCCUGAACUCUUUAUUUGCCUGAUAUAUAUAUAUAUAUGAUAUAUAAAUAUAUAUAAAAUAGCUAUUUUGCUUAAAUUUUUAUGGUAUGUAGAAGUGAGAAAAUGAUGACGACAGGGUGCUCCUGUCUGAGUUUGGCCCUCCUGUCAGCUGUGCCCUGCCCUCUCCUCAGAUUCCCUUCCAGUGGCUUCUGCCAACUGUGGGGGGGCCUGGGCCACUGUGGCCACUGUCCCAGCCCCUCAGAACUCCUACUCAACCUUUCACACUUCAAUUUGGUCCUGAAAGUUCAUCACAGGGUUUUACUUUCUACUCCAGGACUGGUUUUGUUUUUAUUAAAAAAACAAAAGUGAAAACACCAAUGUGUGAAAUGCCUUAGGGUGCCCACUGGAGGGCGGGUGGGCAGGCAGGCAGCCCCAUGAGGCCUGCGGCAGAACUGUUCAAUGUUCUUUUUCUCAGAACUGUGAGUGAGCACCUUCUGACCAGUAAUAAAAAUCUUGGAGUUUUCCA